CUGCGUUCAAUACGUUAUACAUAAGCGCGUUUAUCUCAAUAGUGCUUAUCUAUUUUGUGAUACCUACAAGAAAUAUAAUGGAGCAAAAGACAUACCAAAAAGAUCAAGAUUUUGAUCUAAUUCGAAUCACACAUUAUAUAAAUCCGCAUAACUUUUGGUUCAAGCAUGAAUCUGCUUACUUAUUCAAUGCGGAGGAGCAAAACUUUCAGAUGGAAGUGAAUAAAUUCUGCGAGAUGACCUACGGCCGUGGCAAUAUAAAUUGUGGUGUCUACACCCCCAAACAAAAAGGAGAACUGGUAGCAGUGUUUUAUUUUCAAUUAUCUCGUUGGAUUCGUGCCGAGGUAGAUGAAAUCAUGCAGGAAUUGAACGGUCAAAUAAACUGUAAUUUGUGGGCCAUUGAUGAAGGAGUUCCAGUCAAGUCAAGCUGUCAAUAUAUCAAACCUUUGCCGGAAAGAUUUGGUUGUGCGGAAACUAGUGUGAAGCAUGGCGGAAUUGAGCUGAUUCUCCCAGCUGAAUCUGGAUACAACUAUUUGGAAGGAAGAUUGGUCACCAGUAUGAUUAAAGAAUGGUGUCCGGGCGUGGUUCGUGUUUUUGAAACAUGCAUCGAGGAAGCAGUGUCUAUAAAGUUUUGCAAUUUGCGACGACAUAAGGUUAAAGAAAUCGACAUUUAUUUUGGAACAAUGAAAAUCACUUCACACCAGAACGUGACUAAUAAUGCAACAGAUCUUUUGAAAAAAGCUGGUGGUGAGAUGGUAAUGCUGGUGGAUAAAGCAGAGUUCUACGAUAAAAUUUCUCGCCUACGAACUCUAGACAUGAAGCGGUUUGAAAAUAAUGACCGUAAUGAAAACAUGAAAUAUCAUACUAAUACUUUUCGGCCGGAAUAUUCCACUUACAGCAAACCACGAGAGAAAUUUCGGUUUCGUAAUAAUUAUAUUAUUGAGCAAGCUCGUGAAAAGUUCCUAGAAUGGGACAUGCGGAACACAGCAUCAUCCGUAAUAACAACUAAUGAUGCUAUGGCUGACUCUCUCCAGUCACGUACAUCCGAACUGCCCGAUGAAAGUACAAAUCUGGCUUCGAAAAUUAAAGGAAGACGGGUGCCCGAACUUGAAUACUCGGAACUAGUCAACGAAUCUUUCUCAGAUGAUGAAGAACCACCAAAAGUAGAAUUACAAAUACCGGAACAAACAAAACAGCUGAAACCUGCUUCAGUAUCUGAAAAUCGCACAGUUAUUCAAAGUAGCGCUCGAGCUUAUCAGCGACCAGAAAAUAGAACAUACGAUAAAAGCGUUUCUGAUUUACUACCUGCACUAAACAAAAUAAAACUUCGCCGUCAGCCAUAUGAUAUAAAACAAACAGCUAUGGCAGAGAGUUCUUUCAACAGUAAUAAGGCAACUGUUAGUGCGCCUUCGGCACUGAACAUAGUACCUGCUGGUUUCAAUUUAGGUAAUGUGGAAUUUUCAGCUGGAUCAGUUAUUCUUGGCGCGGAAAAAACUAGCAAUUUAAGCGAUAGAAAAGCAAUGUUGGAUCACUUUCAUAAAGACCCUAAAACUACUGUAACAAGUAGAACAAAGUUGCGCAAACACCGGAAGCAGCAACGUGGUUCAGAUGAUUUGGAUUCCUCUGUGGACGAGAAAAUUAUUAGAAAUAUAACAUAUACUCCUGUCAAAUCGUACAAUGAUACCGAUGAUCAGUGGUAAUAUUUACUACUAAUAGAAAUGUUGAUAUUUUUUUGUUAUUCCUUGCGUUUGAUUUUUUAUUUUUUUGUUUAUAAUCACAUGUGGAAUUAAACGAAAUG